AUGAUCGAAGUCAAGCCCCGCGACACCAUGGAGGCCGUCAAGGAGACCAUCCAGCGCGCCAAGGGCUGGAAGGCCUCCGAGCUGCUCCUGCUCUUCGACGACGCCACCACCGUCAAGGGCAACCACUUCGACGAGUCCUCCGCCCUGAUGCUGUACGCGAAGCCGGGGUCGCAGUGUUACGGGGAGCUCGGCGGCGCCGUCGGGGCGGUGGGGAGCGAUGAGGAUGAGGAUGAGGAUGAGGAUGAGGAUGAGGAUGAGGAUGAGGAUGAGGAUGAGGGCAGCAGUGGAGGCAGUGGUGGUGGUGUUGGGGUGGGUGGGGAUGGCGGGGAGGAGAGCGAUGUUAGCGAUGAGGAUGAGACGGCAGAGGAGGCGGCGGAGCGGGAGAGACGGAGGGGGAGGUAG